GACGCUAUCAGCCUCCCUGUGUGCCACGGAGGGAGCUCUCACUGUGAAAAGUACAGCAAGCCUCUCAUCAACAUCUCCAGGUCAGGAGCAAAAGUCCAAUGGUCAGCACCGCCCGCCUGCCUUCCUGCCUGGCCUUUGAAUGUUUGCAUCGCUACUCCUGCUCAGAGCACCCACACUGCAUGAGGGCUUGACCGGGUUUAAAGCAGAUCCGCAUUGAUUUAGAAAAGUUAGGCCGGUGAAUCGCAGUCAUGUCUGGACAAAAUAGAUUCGUGAGCCCGUUUCACAGACCCAAGUGUUUGGCCGCUGCAGCUCCGGCGGGGAAAGCCAAACUCACGCACCCUGGCAAGGCUAUUCUGGCAGGUGGGAUAGCAGGAGGCAUAGAGAUCUGCAUCACCUUCCCCACAGAGUACGUUAAAACGCAGCUGCAGCUUGACGAAAGGGCAAAUCCUCCCAAAUACAAAAGCAUCGGUGACUGUGUGAAGCAGACGGUGAACAGUCAUGGGGUGAGGGGUCUUUACAGAGGUCUAAGCUCACUGCUGUAUGGCUCUAUACCUAAAGCAGCUGUCAGGUUUGGGAUGUUUGAGUUCCUCAGUAAUAAGAUGCGCGAUGAAAACGGUAAACUAGACAGCAAGCGAGGAUUCCUCUGUGGCCUGGGGGCUGGAGUGGCAGAAGCUGUGUUUGUAGUCUGUCCCAUGGAGACAGUUAAGGUCAAAUUUAUCCAUGAUCAGACAUCAGCAAAGCCAAAGUACAAGGGCUUUUUCCACGGGGUGAGGGAGAUUGUUAGAACUGAAGGUAAGGAGGGUUUCUUCAUUCCUGAAGGGUUAGUUGGAUUUUACUGCCACCUACUGUUUCACUCCACCACUCUUCGUCUUACCAUGUGUUUGAGUCCUCACAUCCAUCAU